AUUUCCUUACGUGACCUAACACAUUGAAUUCAUAAAAAUAUAACAUAGAAAAAAGUAAACAUAACAAUCAUUUUUAUGAUCUAUAGCAAACAAAACUUUUUGAAUGUCAUUUUAUUUAUAGUGUUUGUUAUUGAUAGUGUGAUAAUGAGUAACAGAAAAAUAAACAAUAAAAAUUAAUUGACGCAAAAGUCAAGCUUUCAGGUUGCGUUAGGUCUAGUAACUGAUGGAAAAAAACUGUUAUCAUUAACAGUGACUGUGUUAGUUACCGUCAUCAAGGUCUAGUGUCGAUGGAAAAAUUUAAAAAGCUCUUGAAGUAAACCCGUACUCGUAAUAUAAAUUUGUUGAGCUUUACAUUUAUAAUAUCACGCGACUCGUCAAUUUUUUAUGACGUUAAUUGACAACAAAUAUUAUCGCAGAUGAUCACUCUGCUAUUAUUCUCCCAACACUGUCAAUUACAUCUUCUGCAAUAAAUACAUACUGUAUUUACAUAUAUUUAUUAUUAAAUAGAAUUUGUUGUUAUCGUGAUUAAAUGAAAGUCGAUGCAAGUGAAGAAAUAAUCGCGACCUCACUCAGUGUCACGUGUAUUUUUUCACCCUCGGAUAAUCCUACUUCUCUCGCUCAUGAUUUAAAUCCACCGGGAGUUUUUAAAAUAAAUACCAUGAGUUCGGAAAUUUAUAUGAGAAAGUCACGUAAUUUUUCACAAGAAUUAACGGAAAAUGAUAAAUCAUUUACUCUUAAUACUGUACAUUUACAAAAUCCAUAUAAAAUUACUCAGCGUUUUGAAGGAUUCAGCGGUUCGCGUCUUAAUGCAUUGAAACUUCAGCCAAAUUUAUUUCCAAAGAUUGCUGAUGUCGACAAGAAUAUUCCAGUUCGUAAAAAUACAUGGACUCGCAAUGAUAAUAAAACUAAUUCACCAUCUCAUAAAGAUAAAAUUCAGAUGUGCUUCAGAAAAAUAAAAUUAAAUUCAUUCAUUGAACAGUAUUGUUCCAAUAGUACUCUACAUGGUCUUCGUUAUCUUGGAGAUCCAUGUGUGUCAAUAAUUGAAAAAUUAUUCUGGAUCUGUGCAUUCGCAUGUGCUUUUCUCAGUGCUGCAUAUUUUAUAUGGAAUUUAUAUUACAAGUGGUUAUCAUCGCCUAUUAUUAUCUCAAUGAAUCCUGAGCCAGUAUCAUUCGAAGAGUUUCCAUUUCCCUCAGUUACAAUCUGCAAUAUGAAUAAUGCAAAGAAGAGUGAAGCGGAUCGCAUUAAUAAUGGAAACGACAGUCUGGACCAACUUUUGCUAGAAGAUAUUUGCAACUUUAGAAAUGCAUCAGAGGUAAAUGAAGUCUUUGGAUCCGCUGAUUGGAGCAACGUCUUGCGGUUUAUGAUAAAUGUAUCGCAACCCUGUAAUGAGAUGCUGCAUCAUUGCCAAUGGCAUGGAAACAUCACGGAAUGUGAAAGAAUAUUCAAUCCAACGAUGACAGACGAAGGAAUGUGCUGUAACUUCAACUCUGUCCAUCGGGAUUUCAUGUUUUACAAUCCUCAAGAAUGGUCUGAUCUCAACAUAACAUUUCCAUACACUUCGAUGGAUUGGAAACCAGAAACUGGAUACAAUGACAGCGUGCAUCCAGAAACUCAGCCAUGGCGGCCUUAUGGAGCUGGAAAAUAUUACGGACUUACUCUAGUUCUCGAUACAGAUGUACGAGAGUAUUACUGCUCAUCAACAGCUAGUGUAGGUUUCAAAUUACUUCUCCAUAAUCCUGUGGAGACUCCGAAAAUGGCUGAUUUUGGUUUCGCAAUAAGUCCUGGAGAAGAGACUCGUAUUGUAAUCACACCCCGUAUUAACACAGCGAGUCUGUCUAUUCUCGGUAUUCCUCGGAAAAAAAGAAAGUGUUUUUUUAAUACUGAACGUAAACUAAAGUACUAUCGUACUUAUACCCAGCGAAAUUGUCUUCUCGAGUGCGAGGCAAAUUUCACUCAAAAAAUUUGCGAUUGUGUGCAAUACUACAUGCCAAAGUCAGCGAAUACUCCGAUCUGUGGUAAAAAAGAUGACCAGUGUGCUAAUGAUGCCAGACGAUUAAUGGAAAAAAAACUUUAUGAUGAUGAAGCAGCUGCUGACAAACUAAACGUUACUGAGAUCCCUAGCUGCAACUGCUGGCCAGGUUGCUUUGAAAUAAAUUACGAGUUCACGAUGUCACAUAGCGCACUUACAUCGACAUUUUACGUCGACGAAUCGUUUAUCAAACACAGUAAAAAAUAUUUCAAAGAAAAUAUGGCAGUAGUUCAUUUGUUUUUCGUUGAUUCUCAAUUUCCAAAGUAUGUAAAAAGUGAAUUGUUUGGAUUUAUUGAAUUUUUAUUAUUAUUUUUUUACAGCAAACACCGGAGGUCUUCUUGGAUUAUUUAUGGGGUUCAGUUUUCUUUCAGUUGUUGAAAUUUUUUACUUUAUAACUCUGAGAUUUUGGUGCAGAAUUCAGUGGAUUGAGAGAUCAAAAAAAAAUGAUCUCCAACAAACCACUGACAUACAUCCAAAAAUAGUUUAUCCGUUUUCUCAAUAAAUUUAUUAUCCAGCACAUUUAUUAUUAAUAAUAAAUAAUUAUUAUAAAUUUAUGUUAUUUGAAUAUAUAACGCCGAAAAAAAGGUAUUUUAUUAUAAAUUAUGGACUUGAUCUCUGGCUGUUACUUACCUUUUAA